AUGGGUAAGAAAUCGGAGCAUACUACACCAGAUAAUAGUGACGAGGAAAGUGGAGAAGCCUUCACCGAUGGUGAUUUCGGUGAUUCAGAUGAAGAGACAGUUCUAGAACGGUCAGAUGUUUCUAAAUCUGGUCAAUUGCCUGUCAAUGAGACGGUCAACACCAGUGUCAGAACUGUAAAUAACAGUGAAGUAGAUGAAGAAGCAAUAUGUGUGACUAAUGGAAAUGGGGAUGGUGAAGAGGAUAAUGAAAAUUUUGAAAAUGGGCACGGCUCUCAGUCGGACGAGUUGGACAAUUACGUGGAUGUUGUCGUGACGGAUGCACGAGACGAUUCUUAUAGCGAGAUCAAUCCAUCGAUAAUUGGAAUUCUCGGAGACCAGCACUCCCAUAAUAGUAAGUGCCUCGUCAGUGCACGUGCGACGUCAGUGGAUAACACUUGUGUUGAAUGUAGUGCACGGCAACCUCGACUUUGUGGCAUGCUGACAGUAGAGCUACUAAUUCGAGCAGCUGCCCGGUUGCUCCUGCUCUACGCUGAGCAGCGGCUGGCAGCGCGACGAGCAGCGCGCGCGGAGGCGCGUGAGAUACGCAUGCGCGAGCUGGAGCGGCAGCAGCGCGAGCAGGAGGAUCAUGCCGACAAAGCGUUCGACAUGUACGCAGAGACGGUGGGACGACGAGGGGGUCGGCUAGCAGCACUGAGUCCGUCUAUACACUCGCCGCGUCGCAGUUCCGAGGACUCCGCCGAUGAUGUCUUCAGUAUCAAAGACCUAAGGCACGAGCUGAAAGAGGUGGAGGAAAAGUUCCGCAAGGCGAUGAUCCUUAACGCGCAGCUGGACAACGACAAGGCCGCGCUUGGCUACCAGCUGGAACUGCUCAAAGACAGGAUAGAAGAGCUACAAGAGGAACACGCACAGUUACAGCGGGAACACAAAGAGAAAUGCUCGGCGCACGAGCGCCUGAAGCGCGAGCACGCGGCGCUGGAGCGCGAGGUGGCGUGCGCGCGGGACGCAGUGCGCGCGCGUGACGCGGCGGCGGCAGCCGCGGGCUUCGCCUUCGUGGACGCGGCCGCCGAGCCCGCGCCCGCCGAGCCCGCGCCCGCCCGCACCGAACCACAGGGCUUCGGCAGCGUGCCGCCGCUCGCGCUCGUCUCGCACCACUCUGAGCAACUACUCAACGACGCCGGCGAGGGCACGCUGGAUGUGCGGUUGCAGAAGUUGGUGAGUUCGAAGCAAGCCUUGGAGUCGGAGGUGCGCAAACUGAAACUUAGUCUCAACGAGGAGCGUGCCGCGCGACAAAAUGGAGUCGCAUCGCUACAUGAGCGUGAACACGACAGCGAACUGGAAUCUUUACGCAAAUCUGUGGCGGAGGCGAAGGGGCGAGCUGCGCGAGCGGAGGCUGAAGCCGCGCUACAAGCGGCCGCCGUGGCGCGUCUCGAGGCGCAGGUGGCCCGCCUGCGAGCGCGCCAGGACCACCAGGACGAGCACGAGGAGCAGCUCAAGCAGGAGCGGCGACGUCUGCAGCGCGAGGCUAGAGAAGCACUGAAUCGAGUUGAAGAAUUGGAGACAGAGAACAGUCAUCUAACGAAACGCCUUGAUAAACUCAAGAACGCUAAAUCUGCGCUCCUGAAAGAACUGUGA